AUGGCCCAAAACGCGAAAAUCUCUGGACUUACGGACGAGCUGAUGCAGUCCAUACUGAGACACGAUCCCGCAGCAAACAAACAGGCCUACAAGCACGCCAGGGAGAUUGCAUCGCGCAAUCUUCGAGGGCAUCAGUAUGCAAGAACGAAUCAAUUCGACGUUACGGCAAGCUUUGCCGGACUAGAUGAGAAAUUCCGUAUCAAGAACCGCGAUGACCUUGCUGAUGCGCUCCAAACACGGCUUCAAAAGUUGGAGGCGUACACGAACAAGUUCAAGCCAGAGUUCCUAUCUCUGUUACUCCAGCUCGCCGAUCGGCCUCUUGAGAAUACACAGGUCGAAGCCCUAGAGCUGCUGAGACCCCCUAGCCCUCCGCCACCACUGACUUGGGCGGAGAUCCUCGAAGACGACCCCUACAGCGAUGAGGAUAUCUGGAAGGACAUCGACUAUGCCGUGGACUCUUCGGGCGACGAGAAAACGCCCAAAAAGCGCAGGAAGGCUCCAAGCACACCACCGACCAAUUUCGACGCAGAUGAUACUUUUGAUCCCGAAGCCUGUGUCUCAUCGACGGAGGAGAAUCUUGUUACCAAGCUGGAAGACGCGCAAUUUUGGACCUCGGGCGCGGAUGGUAGUAGCACCGGCGUGAACAUAACAGAGCUGCAGGCUGUGCGAGAAACGCUAUUCAUGCUUGGCGGGCUGAAGACGAGCUUGUUCCGGAUCGAAAAGGACAGCAUUUCCCCCAAUAAGACAUACACUGUUGACAACAAUCAAUCAACCGCUAUGAUACAUCUUCUUACUCAAUUCGCCGACACUGGAACACGUAUAGAGGCGAUAAGACGCUGGACGCUGCAACAACGAGCCAAGAAGACAUCAUCGUCACCUCUUGUCCAGACCUUCGAGGCUGUUGUACGAAAGCGACUACUUGACUUCGACCACUCUUUAUCCGCGAUGCAGCAGAGAUAUCUCAUUCCUGAUACGCCACUUCCUGUCAGUUUGUUGCCAUUCCACGGCGAUGUGCGGGCACUAUGUCACCCUAUCUUACGUCUGGCGCCGAUUAUCGAUGAUCUGAGUCGAUCAACGGCAACUCAAGAUCCGUCGAUACCUAUAAAUCCCUUUUACCACCUGGAAGCAUUGUACGAGCAGACCACGCUAGCGCAGAUGACACUGGAAGACGAAAUCUUUACAUACACGUCGAAGAUGUUCUUUGAGUGUUUACAGACAUAUUUAAAGCCAAUACGACGGUGGAUGGAAACCGGCGAGCUUGGUCCCGACGAGGAGAACUUCUUUGUCAUCUCGAGCGAUGCACUGAGUGAAGCCGCUUCCCUUUGGCAUGACCGCUUCGUGCUCCGCCGUAAUUCUGAGGAACACAUGCAGUUGCCUGCGUUUCUACAGCCAGCGGUCAAGAAGAUAUUCAACACAGGCAAAAGCGUUAUUUUCUUGAAAGAACUGGGCAUUUACGAUACAGGUUUACAUUCUUCACUGGCAGAGCCGCGCCUCGACCAUGAAACAGUCUGCGAUACGUCGAAUGACGUACCCCUCUCCCCUUUCCCAGAACUGUUCCAGACGGCCUUCGAGACAUGGAUACGUAGCAAGUACUCAGUCGCCUCAAACGUUCUUUGUCAACACAUCUUCGAGACUGAUGGCCUGAUGCGUGUGCUACAUACAUUCGAAACACUUUACUUAGGCAGGAACGGUGCCGUGUUCGAGGACUUUGCUACUGCAAUAUUUGAGCGCAUGGAUGCCGGCAGACGAGGUUGGAACGAUCGAUACGUCCUCACGGAGCUUGCACGCGGCGUUUUCGGCACGAUUCUGUCUGGCCCAGACACAGAGAAACUUGUCGUUCGUUCUAUGAAAACGAAGGCGCAGGGAAGCUCGGUCAAGGGUCUAGCUGCCGUUUCCGUGGAUUAUGCAGUGCCCUGGUCGAUUCAGAACAUCAUCCAACGCUCGUCUAUACCCAUCUACCAAGAGAUAUGUACAUUCCUGAUGCAGAUAUACCGAGUCAAAUACCAACUGCAACGCGCGCGCAUUCGCGCAUCCAGAAAGAAUCGUCAGCCGAUGUUCUACAGACUCCUGCAACGCUUGAAUUGGUUCGCCGAUGUCCUCCGUUCUUAUGUCACCGAGACUGCCGUCUUCCUGACCAUACGAGACAUGAAUUCGGCAAUGGAAAAGGCCGAUGAUAUCGACGAGAUGUCCCAGAUCCACAUCAAGUGUAUGGAAAGAUUGCACCAGCGAGCGCUCUUGUCGAAAGAAGUGAAGCCAAUUCAUAAAGCGACCAUCGAACUACUGGAUCUUGGUGUGUUGCUUUCGCAGGCUGAGGGUAAGAGCCAUGAGCAUGUAGAUCAGGAGUUCGAAAGGCUUCUUCCUUUCGUGGCAGCGGGUCUGCGAAGCACAGCGAGGGUUGGGGAGCCCAUGUGGGAGCAACUAGCAGAUCGACUUGAGGCAUUCUCAAGUGCUUCCAAGCCCUAG